UCAUCACAACUUGCGGUACUGAUCUCUCUUUGCAUUGGAUAUUUGUGGUGGGUUCAUUUCUAGACUAUUCAAGUGUAGACACGGGAAGAAGUGAACUGCAGAGAAGAUGGUAACAAAGAGAAACAGGGAGAAUGAUGAGAGUCAAGAAACACAGCUGGAAAGGCAGAAGUUAGUUCGGCGAUCUUCUCCCUCUCCUCCACAUCAUGCUAUUGAAAAUGCUCUUCUUCCCCUUGCUUCUUAUAAUGACGACGAUGAUGACGAAGAAGAAGACAAAAGGAGAGAAGAAAACGUUAGAUGGAUAGAACAAAAAGGUCAUGGAGAAGAAGCAGAAGAAGCAAAUGAUGAUGAUGCUGAGGACGAGGACGACAGUGAUUCCCACCUGAUAGGGUUGAAUCAAGGAAGGCGCAAUCGACAGGUUGAAGUUCGAAGGGAUUGUCCUUAUCUAGAUACAGUUAAUCGCCAGGUUUUGGACUUUGACUUUGAGAAGUUCUGCUCUGUCUCUCUGUCAAAUUUGAAUGUAUACGCAUGUUUGGUCUGUGGGAAGUAUUAUCAGGGAAGAGGUCAGAAGUCUCAUGCAUAUACUCAUAGCCUUGAAGCUGGGCAUCAUGUUUAUAUCAACCUUCAGACAGAAAAAGUCUAUUGCCUUCCUGAUGGAUAUGAAAUUAAUGACCCAUCAUUGGAUGACAUUCGAUAUGUCCUAAAUCCAAGGUUCAGUAGGGAACAAGUUGAACAGCUUGACAAAAAUAAACAAUGGUCAAGGGCACUUGAUGGUUCUGAUUAUCUUCCUGGAAUGGUGGGCCUGAACAACAUUAAAGAAACUGAUUUUCUGAAUGUGACAAUUCAGUCUUUAAUGAGGGUUACCCCCUUAAGGAAUUUUUUCCUUAUUCCUGAGAAUUACAAGCACUGCAGAUCUCCUCUUGUUCAUCGAUUUGGAGAGCUCACUAGAAAGAUCUGGCAUGCACGAAAUUUCAAGGGCCAGGUGAGCCCACAUGAGUUUUUGCAGGCAGUUAUGAAAGCCAGUAAAAAACGGUUCCGAAUAGGUCAGCAGUCAGAUCCUGUGGAGUUCAUGUCAUGGCUUCUUAACACACUACACUCAGAUCUUAGGAGUUUAAAGAAAAACAGCAGCAUCAUCUACAAGUGCUUUCAGGGGGAAUUGGAGGUUGUGAAGGAGAUACAUAACAAAUCUUUUGCUGAGAAGAAAGAAAACGGAGAUGACCAAAGUAAUGGGGGCACUGCAGAUGGUGGGACUGAACAUGGCAAUGUGCUUAUGGAAACAUGUAGAAUGCCAUUCCUAAUGCUUGGGCUUGAUUUGCCCCCACCUCCUCUCUUCAAAGAUGUGAUGGAGAAAAAUAUAAUUCCUCAGGUGCCACUUUUCAACAUACUGAAGAAAUUUGAUGGUGAGUCUAUCACAGAAGUUGUGCGUCCUUGUAUAGCAAGGAUGAGGUACCGUGUCACCAGACUGCCACAAUAUCUAAUACUCCACAUGCGUCGGUUCACAAAGAACAAUUUCUUCAUAGAAAAGAACCCUACUCUUGUGAACUUUCCCGUGAAGAACCUUGAACUGAAGGAUUAUAUCCCUUUACCUACACCAAAGGAAAAUGAGAAACUGCGGUCAAAAUUCGAUCUGAUUGCAAAUUUUGUUCAUGAUGGCAAGCCUGGUGAAGGGUCUUACAGAGUAUUCGUACAGCGUAAAUCAGAGGAAUUAUGGUAUGAGAUGCAGGAUCUGCAUGUUGCAGAAACUCUUCCUCAGAUGGUUGCUCUCUCUGAGGCUUACAUGCAAAUAUACGAGAUGCAGCAGUGAUGUACUACUAGAGUCUCAGUUCAAUUAAAGCCUGAAAUUUGGAGCUCAAAUCCUGCAUUAUUUGAUCACAAAUGUUCGUUACAUCCCUAAAGGCAAAACGAAGAACAGCUCGGAAAGGGUUUGUAAUGAAUACAGAGAAUCUCAUGUUCUAUAAUGCGGUGCAAAAUUUUUGUUUUGGAGUUCUGAGAGCAUAUCGUUAUUGUUCCUACAUUAAUAUCAAAUAGCAUUUUCACUAC